GAGUAAAGUCUGCGGCGGAGCCCCGCCGAGCUGAGCCGUGUCCGCUGUGCGGUGUAUGCAGAAUACUUUUGUGGAAACAACUAACUAGAACUCUUCACGAAGGAAUAUAUUUGCAGGGAACGUGAAGAGGAGCCUCCCUUAGGCUACACUGCAGUCUGGUGACCAGGGGACUCUAUUGCAAAGUGGGACAUACGAGCUUGGAUCUUAAUAGACAAAGGAGGCAUUGAAUUGUAGGCAAUAAUGAAUCAAACGGACAAAAAUCAACAGGAAGUCCCAUCAUACCUUCAUGAUGAACCACCAGAAGGUUCAUUAAAAGACCACCCACAGCAGCAGCCUGGCAUGCUUUCUCGUGUGACUGGUGGCCUCUUCAGUGUCACAAAGGGAGCUGUGGGUGCCACGAUUGGGGGUGUUGCUUGGAUUGGAGGGAAGAGCUUGGAAAUUACCAAAACAGCGGUCACAUCUGUGCCUUCAAUGGGAGUAGGGCUAGUCAAAGGAAGUGUUUCUGCUGUAGCUGGAGGUGUUACAGCUGUAGGAUCUGCUGUUGCAAGUAAAGUGCCUUUAACGGGAAAGAAAAAGGAUAAGUCUGACUAAAACCAAAACUGAGACAUACUCGAUUCUCCAGAAUAUUACAUCAGUGGCAUUACAAUCUGCUAAGAUUUGGACCAUGAGAAGCCAUGUGUCUUAGACACUUCAUCUUCUAAAGAGUUGUGCGAGUAACUCGAUUCCAUCUGAAAAGGACAGAAGAAGCUUGGCUAGCACAGCGUAUGAAGAUUUAUUAGAGCCUAGAUUGAAGCUUUGUAUCUGGUGAAAUGUUACACUUGAUAACUAUAGAAAUGAGUAAGUGUAUCUGAAGGGACAAUACCUAUUCGAAUAUUCAUUUACUGUAAGUCUUUUGCAGUUUUGGACUAAAAUGUGAACAUAGAAACUUGGUAGUCUCUGCCAUACCAUCAGUCUGAUGAGAUGCCAUUUACUGUUCUCAGUGGUUUCCACAUCCUCCUGCUAAGGAUCCUUCAGCUGUCUAACAGCAUUGUUGGAUGUACCCGAAUAGUUUCGGUUAUGAAACUGUAUUUGCAGGCAGCCUGUAAACUCUCAGUUCAGUGACUGCAUUCUGCCAGUGCAGACUGGAGCAAAUAGAACUGGAGGUAUGCAGAAAUUGGAAAUGAGAGUGGGAGAUAGAAGUGAGAAAGGUUGACAACAUGGUAGAAGGGAUCAUAAAGAAUAAACUAACUUAAUGCCUUAUUAGAAAAAAUAUCUUUUUGCUAGGUGAAGCUGUGUAAAGAACUGUCAUUUCAGUGCAGUUCACAGAAUGAGCUUUAGAUUCUCCUUACAAAUCUCGAUAUCUGAAACCUUGUCAAUUUUUACUGAAGACAAGAUUGCUCCAUCUCAGGUGUAUUUAAUGAUAUGCAUCUAUCUCCUGCAAGUGAAAACUUGCUUCUAAUAAACUUCUUAUAGACACUAGAAAAAAUGAUGGCUUAAUGGAAACUGGGUUGAUGUUUGUGGUCAUCUAGCACAACUGACUUGAAAGACAUUCCUUUGUGUAGUUGGAAACCACUGAAGAACUAGCAGCUGUUGUCUCAACUCCAUGAUGCACCAGGUUAGCUUCUUGCUCUGUUUAAGCAAAUACAAGGAAUUUUUCACUACA